AUCAGGGCGGCUAGCAACGGGUGUGCAAGCCGCUGGAGGUCAUUCUCAAGGACAAAUACAGGGAUGGGCAGGAUGUUUACCUUUAAUUAACAUAUGGCGUCACCAGGAUAUUCCAGUCGCCUUGUAAAAAGAGCCCCGUCAGCCACUCCUCUGUCAGUCCUUCCUCAGCACCAGACGAGAGAGCUACAUUUUUUCCUCCUCUGAAGUGAUUUGUCUUCGUCUUCGUCCACGACCCCAAGGAACAAGAUGGGUCUCAGGGUCAUCAGUGUAGGACUCUUCAUUACUACAGUGUUGUUAGGCAUGAAGGCAACCGCUCUCGGGAUGCCUGGAGGACUGUCAGAGGAGAAGCCGAUGACUCCCGAGGUGCAGGAGCUCAUCAAUGAAGUCAGGCCCGAUGUGGAGGAGCACCUGGGUCGCCCCGUGUCUCGCUUCGAGGGGUUGAACUACAAGACCCAGGUGGUGUCAGGCCUCAACUACUUCGUCAAGGUUGACAUCGGUGACAACGAGGUGGUGCACAUCAGGGUGUACCAUACCUUCGACGGCACCAACACCCUGAAUGGCGUUCAACACUUCACCGACAAAUUGGACCGACCCAUCUCCUAUUUCUGAGGCACCCAUCCACCCAUGAUAUAGUAACUAAGAAAGCAGAGUCCCCUCGGUGGUUAACUAUACUAUAUGCACCCACCCACCGCCAUCACAAUACUAUCCUCGCUCACUCGCAUACAUACCUUUCGUUUUUAAAAGAUUGAUUAUAGUCUAUCGACUCUAUAACUUGAGCACUGUGGCUUGGCCCGGGGAACCCCCCAUUGUUUACACAACUAGCGAUGACCUGCGCAUGGCGAUCUGUCUCACUGUUAGUCUACGUUAUCUAUUUAUGCAGUAUAUAUAUAAAUUCAUAAUACAAUUACAUGGUGUUAUGAAUGGCUUGGGAUUUGAGGGAAAGAGAACGACUCGGGAAACCCUCCAUUUCACUUGUCAACGUGGCUCAUGCGACCUUGCCGCCUGAAGGACCUUGGCAACAGGCGCCAAGCCGCACUGUUAAUUCACCCUUCCUCCACCAUGGGAAACUCACGUCCUGCACAGCCAAGCAAAAGAGAUCAUAUAUAACACUAAUAAGAGAGAGAGAGAGAGGUAGCGAGCCCCUCUGAUCUCGAGUAGAGUGAUGGAGCCAUGUGGCGCAGAAGCUCGGUCUCCCUGAGCAACGCCUAAAGGCUGAAGUUAGAGUCGAUGGAGUAUAAUUAUAUCGUUCAUGAUUUUACUGUUACAAAAGAUAUAUAGACCCACAAUUAAUGAAGGAGAAUUGAAGUGCUUAAAUGUAUGAUUGAUUGAUGUUUUUAAUAUUGCAAGGAAAUAUUGAUUAGUUUAUUCAUGAUUUUAGUGUUGCAAGAGAGAUAUGCCCACAACUAUGUAAGGAGAAUUGAAGUGCUUAAAUGUAUGGUUGAUCCCUAUUUUAAAUGUUGCAAGGAGAUAUUAAAGCAAAUUAUAGAGAAAGGAUCGUGGUGCUUGAUUUGUCAUUUCAGACGUUAAACAUAAAACAAAGGUUUAGAGUGAAAAUGUUUAUAAGCAGAAUUUAACUUUCAAGUAAACUCGAUUACUCAUUCAACUAUAUUAUAUAGUAUUAUACAUAAUCUCUGGUGGAGGGUAUUUUUACAUGAUUACUAAAUAAAGCUUAGCAAAUCUCA